AUGUUUUACAAUGCUCUGAUCCGCACCCAUCACAUCACCUCGCGCAAGAAGGUCUCCGCCCUGAAAAGGGCAGCCGACAUGCACAAUUGCUUCGUGCUGCUACGUUCCGGAGGUUGUCCAGGGAUUAUGUAUGUGGAAGCGAGAGACAAAGACGCCGUCGAGUCGUGGGUGAAUGUUGUGCGGAAUUUGAGGUAUAAGGAUUUUCAGCUGGUCACUCGACCGGGGCUGUUGAAGGUUGAGUAUGAACCAAACAGCGCUGGAAAUCUGGCCAACCACCCUAAUCAACGGCCUGGCGUCUCUGAAGUUGACUCAGUCAAGGAAUUUGGGGGCCUGAUGGAGCAGCGGGGGGUGUGGAAGUGGUGGAGAAAGGGAAUGGGCUAUCUGAGUUGA